AUGGACGUGCUGCCGGAACUACAGAAUUUCGCCUUCAAUUCGGAUUUCGAUUUAGAGUGGAUCGAUCCACUCAGUGAAAGAGGUCAAUUCAGCGAAGUGAUGCUCGAACAUAUGAUGAACGGCAUCUUAGAAGAAAGCAGUUGGUUGAUAUGUCUCCUCGGUGACAAAUAUGGUUUAAUUGGACCACCUACGCAAAUUCCGAAAAGCGAAUUUGAGGCUAUCAGGGCAGCGGUGUUUGAGCAGAGUGAAGAUUUGAAGCUUCUUGACCAGCAUUACGUUUUGGAUCGAAGUGGCAUGGAAGAGGAGUAUCGACUAAAUACACACCUGGAGGACGCAAAACAACGAAUGAAACUCUCAAAAGUGGUUCAAAAAGGAGCUCACAAUGCAUUUGAUGGUUCGCAGCUGACUAACGACCGUCAGCGACGGUUUUUCUGGUCUUCACUCCAUAAGAUCGCCGCAGUCGCUCUGGAACGCAACUGUCGCUGCACGCUAGUACUCAGGAAGUUUGAUGAUGUACGUCCGGACACUGGUGUCAAUUCAACAUACUGCGAGAAGCAGUCCGAGGCUGCCGAGAAGAUUGCGAAGCUGAAGAACCAAGUCUCCGAGAAAGUCGACAACAAACUUGUGUUCUCUCACAUAUUCACCCCAGAAAACGGAGAUAUUGGAGCAUUUUUUACUUCUCGUGAAGCUGACAAGUAUCGAGACACGUUGCAACGACAGGCGUUCAAGUUUGAGGAACAACUGAAGAUUUUUGAUGAGAUUAUUGUAACGCUUGACAAAAUGCUGUACUUAUUUCUGGAUGAUGUACAUUUGCUCAAAUACGGUCCUUUUAUGAGUGCUAUCAGGAAGAGACUUCAAAAGAUUUUUUCUAACACAAAACAGUUUCAGGCUCCUUCUUCACUUGCUAUAUUUAUGACUGCCUCAAACAUUUCACCCAUAUCCUCUAUCUAUACUAUCACACAAACAUUGAAUCUUGAUAUGCCAUCUGAGGACGACAUCAUUGAAAUUCUCAAACGAUCGCUGGUGAACAGAAAAGCUGGCAGUGCCCAGUGGUCGAUAAUCAAGCAACAACUCACCGGCAGCAAUCGGAAUAUUCUUGUUGGACAAGUGCUACUCGACCAAGUUCUUAUGCGGAAAAACGGUGUCAUGAGCGGAGUUCUUUAUUUCGUUUCAGGUCGGCUCGAACGAAUCGAAGCUGAACUUGGUGCGUUGUCGGUACAGAGUCUGUGCACAUACAUGGUGCUAGCCACGCAUGGUUUGACUCGGCUCGAGCUGUUCGAUCUUCUCUCCAAUAAGUUCGACCUCAUUUCGAGGCUCGGAGCUACCGUAGCAUUUCCAACGCUGCUUUUAGACCGGAUACUUGAAUCCCUAGGUACGAAAAACAAUAAUCAUUACAUGAUUGAACCAACCUUACAAUCGAUUUCUAUUACCAGAGAAUUUCUCUUUUUUUUUGUCAGGUAUUUUUCAACUUUGGUUGAUCUCAAGAUAACACACAGCGAGAUCGCCGACUACUUCGGUUGUGCUUCGCCUGUGGACGAAAGCAUAUCGCCACGUAAAGAAAUCUCUUACCAGGUUUUUCCUCAACAAAUGAAUCGUGAGAAUGGCGCAUGUAAUAUUAGACGACUACAUAAUCUGUGGUUUCACUUACUUCAUACAGGUAAUAUGGAUGCACUUAAAGACAUGGCAUUGUGUCAAUUCGACUUUAUUGACAGUGCGGUUCGUACGUGCUCCAUGGUCCAUCUUUUAUCGAUAUACGAGGAAUGUGCAAUGCAGGUGCUUCAUCAUGACAUCCAAGCUGAGAACAGUCAUUUCCUGAAUACAUUGGUGGAACAGGCUAUGACUUGGGUGGACAAUUAUUCCCGGCAGCCAUUGCUCGUGCCUCUUUCUUGCUGGAUAGCUCCACCUCAAAUGAAAACGUGCCGAACAUUCACUAUCAAGGAAUGGAAACCUGGCCAGACGGUACUCACACCUACUUUCAAUCACCAGCACGUCUUGAUCUCGGGAAACCAGUCAGCAAUCGGUGUUAUCUACAUGUAUCAUAUUGCAGCUCAAUCUUUGAUGACAACAUUUAGCGGUAUGUGGUUGAAAUUUGAAUCUUAUUUUAUGUCAGAUCCUCAGGAUGCUCCAGGUCAUACUGGCAACGUAACUUCCCUGUCAUGCAGCGCAAGUGGCACCUUCUUCGUCAGCACCUCAACAGACAACACGGUUCGGAUAUGGAGCCUCAUUAGCGGCGAAUGUGUGAAGAUGCUGACACCGCAUUCUCACAAAGUCAUUUGUUGUGUAUUAGCCAGCGAUGAUUCGUUUCUAGUAACGGGUUCAGCCGACUCUUCAGCCAAGAUGAUUGAUUUGGAGACUGGCGAAGUUCUGAGGUCAUUCACAGAACAUACCGGUAGUGUCGUCUCGCUUCAGCUCACUGUCAAUAAUGAGUUCUUGAUAACGGGAUCUGGCGAUUUCAUCGUUCAAAUGUGGUCGUUAGAGUCGGGACGUUGCAUAUCACGUAUGGGGGGUCUUAUGGCCCCAGUUAGUUGUAUAGCCAUAACUUCUAAUGAUGCCUUCGUUAUUGUCGCUUGUGAAGAUGAGACGUUGCGUGUAUUCUCGACAGUUGCCGCUCAGGAGCUUCACGAGCUGAUGGGACAUGAAGGACGAGUGAAUGCAUUGGCUUGUGCUCAAGAUGACUGUCAACUGUUUGCGGCUACAAAGUCCAAAGUCUAUUGCUACGAUAUCCAUAAUGGUCAGAUCGUAGACGUGCUCGAUUGCAAACUUCCAUACGCCGUCUUUAACAUUAAGAUUUCAUCCGACAACUUCUUCCUUUUCUCGGGAUGCGGCCCGCGAGUGGAUGUUUGGCACAUUCAGAAGCGCGUUCACGAUGCUCCAGAUGCUUCAGGACAUAUGGGAUUUGUUACGGCCAUCGCACUAAGCGGUGAUGACAAAAUAGCGGCUUGUGGCACAUAUGACGGCAUUGUGGCCAUAUGGGACUUGGACAUCUGCCAAUGCUUGUCGACGGUUCCACAGAAUAAGGGUAUUCCUGUGUCCUGUCUAGCGUUCUCCUUCAACCAAACAUUUCUUCUCAGUGGCAACGCAAUUGGUACAGUCAGCGUGUUCGACUGCUCGUCAGGAAGCCUACAUCGAACAUUUGGCCUGCACUCUUCCGAAAUCGUUUCAAUUUGUCCACUGGAGAACUACCGGGUGUUCAGCUGUGAUAAGGAAGGCAAGCUCUGUCAAUGGGAAAUUUUCGGCGAUGAGGAGAGCAUGGUGAUGAUGACUCAAGGAGUUGCACCUCCUAUUUUCGUGCCCCCUAACGGUAAAAUUGUGGUUGGACAUUGCCCGAAGAACUCGAAAGACGGUUCAGUUGAGAAAAAAACCUCUUCAAAUUCAAGGAUGAAAGUGUGGACUGUCGGAGAGGAAGGACCUGUAUUGAAGAACAAGUUGUCUCACAACGAAGAGAUCACCUGCUUUGCCGCGAUUGCGCAAGGAACACUGGUCGCCACGGGCUCGAACGAUCAGUCAUGCAAACUAUGGCAAAUUGACUCAGGGUAUCUCACUCAGGUGCUUGUUGGCCACGAAGGGAGGGUUACGUGUGUGGCCCUGUCGGAGGACGAACGCCUUGUCAUUUCCGGUGCAGAAGAUAAAAAGGUCAUCGUUUGGAAUGUCAGUACAGGUGAUAUUGCACAUUCACUAGUCUGCACAGCACCGCUGACCGCGGUUUCGCUGUCAUCCGAUGGUUGCGUGGCUUUCUCAGCUAGCGAAGAUGGAUGGCUGGAGAGUUGGUCAACAGAAAAGGGAAACUUGCUAUCGUCUUUCAAUGCCCAUCGUCCUAUUCGGCAAGUUCUCAACUCCCUUGACGCAAACAGAUUGCUCGUACAACUCUCCUCAUGUGCUCAACUUCCAAUUCUGUGCCUUCACAAUUCACCGGCUAGCUCACAUCCACUCACGCAACGUAGACGUAGCGCACGAUCACACUCUCUCACGAGUUUGGGGAAUGACAACGCAGGUGCCAACGCUGAAUCGAAGACUCGAGAGGUAAGUAGCUCGUCGUUGCAAGUCGGUAACGGCCAUCCCACUCCUCCACGAAGCGCUCAACCUCGACCGACGUUCGACAGAUUGGAUCGCGAUCAGAGCCGGCCUUCCGUCAUCGAAAAAGUCAGGCUCUCCAACUACUUGGCCGCUUCUUCGUACUUUCUUAAUUGA